AUGUCUAAAGAAGAUACUGGAGCGACAGUGCUGAAGAAGCCCGAAACCGCGCAAGUAGCCAAUGUUAACGGAAUAGAUAAGUUACAACCCCCAAAGACGAAAGAGGAGACUAAAGCUAGCGAAAGCGUUUCAUCCGAAGAAGCAUCACAUGCUGGUGAUGAAAGCUUUAAGAGAAGUGUCCACGAUGCUUCUUACGUGGGUUGGAAACAGAUUGGAGGCUGGGAGGAAAAAGACGAGUUGACUUUAGAUGACGAAUUGAUGGAUAUGACUAGGGAGACCCUUUUAAACAACAUCAUACCGGACAAUCUUUAUGGUGACUGGUAUCAUUCUGUAGCCAUUUUCUUUGUCGGGGGGGUGGUGUCGUUUGCGCUUGGCCAUUAUAAAUUUUCGAUGGGCUCAGCUUUUUUCGUCAUCGUCAUCACUUCAUUGUUGUACAGAACGUCAGCUAAAAAAUACAGGGGUUCCAUAAGAGAGUUGGUUCAAAAGGAAUUCACAGUGCAAAAAGUGGAAAACGACUACGAAUCCUUAGAAUGGCUGAACACCUUUUUGGACAAGUACUGGCCGAUCCUAGAGCCAUCUGUGAGUCAACUGAUUGUCCAGCAAGCUAACGAACAAAUGGCCACGAACGAGGCAAUCCCUAAGUUUAUUACUGAGCUAUGGAUCGACGAGUUGACUCUGGGUGUUAAGCCUCCAAGAAUUGACUUGGUGAAGACUUUCCAAAAUACUGCAUCUGAUGUUGUUGUGAUGGAUUGGGGUAUCUCUUUCACGCCUCACGAUUUAUGCGACAUGAGCGCCAAACAGGUUAGAAACUACGUUAAUGAAUUAGCUGUUGUCAAGGCUAAAAUUUUUGGCGUCACGAUUCCUAUUUCUGUAUCAGACAUCGCCUUUAAGGCUCACGCCAGAGUCAAAUUCAAAUUGAUGACGCCUUUUCCACAUGUCGAAACCGUCAACAUUCAGCUGUUGAAGGUGCCUGAUUUUGAUUUUGUUGCUUGCUUGUUUGGUCGUUCCAUCUUCAAUUGGGAGAUUUUAGCCAUUCCAGGUCUUCUGACGUUAAUACAGAAGAUGGCCAGAAAAUACAUCGGCCCACUCUUGCUACCCCCAUUUUCUCUGCAAUUGAAUAUACCACAACUGAUCUCUGGCUCUAACUUAUCUAUCGGUAUCCUAGAAAUCACCGUCAAGAAUGCUAAGGGAUUAAAACGUACUUCAUCAAUAUUGAACGAGUCAAUUGAUCCUUAUUUGUCUUUUGAAUUUAACGAUAUAUCUAUUGCGAAGACAAGGACUGUAAGAGAUACUCUGAACCCUGUUUGGGACGAAACUUUGUACGUCUUGUUGAACUCAUUCACUGACCCGUUGACUAUUAGCGUCUAUGAUAAGCGUGCUAAGCUAAAGGAUAAGGUCCUGGGAAGAAUUCAGCACAACUUGAACCUUUUACAUGAUAAGCCCACACAAAGGAACAUAAAAGCCCAGUUUCUGAGGAACUCUAAGCCAGUUGGUGAUUUGACUUUUGAUUUAAGGUUCUUCCCAACUUUGGAAGAAAAGAAGUUACCAGAUGGAUCCGUUGAAGAAUUACCUGACCUGAAUACUGGUAUUGCUAAAAUUGUGGUUGAAGAAGGUUCUCGUUUUGCCGAAGAGGAAAAGAGCGUCACUGCUUAUGUCGAAGUUUAUUUGAACGCUAAACUGGUGUUGACUACUGGUAAGUCGACUGACACGGGUACUUUGAAAUGGAAUUCCGACUAUGAGGCAGUUAUUGCAGAUCGCCGUAAAACAAGAUAUAAGUUUGUUGUCAAGGAUAGCAAAGGAGAAGAAAUUGGGUCUACUAUUCAAACUUUGAACGAUUUAAUUGAUAGGAGCCAGGUGGAUAAGAAAUUGAUUCCAUUGAAAAAUCAAAAGGGUGAUAUCAAAGUAACUACGUAUUGGAGACCUGUUAGACUAGAGAUCGGUUCCAACUCUGUUGCUUACACACCACCAAUUGGUGCCAUCAGAGUUUUCAUUGAAAAGGCAAACGAUCUGAGAAAUUUGGAAAAGUUUGGUACCAUCGAUCCGUACUGUAAAGUCUUGAUUAAUGGUUUGUCUAAAGGUAGAACAGAUUUCAAAAGUGAAACUUUGAAUCCGAUUUGGAACCAAGUUAUCUAUGUUGCAGUCACUUCCCCAAAUCAGAGAAUCACGCUGCAAUGUAUGGACGUGGAAACCGUCAACAAAGAUCGUUCCGUUGGUGAAUUCAAUGUUAAAGUUCAAGACCUGUUCAAGAAGGAUGAAAACGAUAAAUACGAGGAAACCAUUGAUGAAGCCCCCAAAGUUGGUCGUUUAAUGAUGCCUAAGAAGAAACCCAAGGGCACCAUUACUUACUACACCUCCUUCUAUCCUGCAUUACCUGUUUUAACAUUGGAAGAAAUCCAAGACUUAGACAAAGUUAACAAAAGGAAGAAACUGUUAGAAUCACGUAAAUCAGUUAUGGAUGAAAAAAAGAUGUCCAAGGAGGAUAAGGCCAAAUUUGAACAAGAAUGCAAUGAAGUGAAAGAGUUGGAAGACAUGUACAGUAAUAGACAGAAACUGGACCUGCCAGAAUUAUUGCAAUACAAUCAAGGUGUUCUUGCCAUCACUGUUCUGGACGGGGAAUUGCCCGAUUCUGGGUUAUACGUUCAAUCGUUUUUCGAUGACAAUGGUCAUGCAAGAUUUGUCAGUCCACGCAUUCCAUCCAGAAUAUUCAAGAACGGGUGGUCAGGUGACGUGAUAAUCAAAGAACUGGACAAAUCGAUCACCACGUUUAGAGUUGCCAAGAAUAAAAAUUACAAUAGAAUGGAGAAGUGCGUUUGUGAAGUAGAGCUACCUACGUUAGAGUUAGUUAAAAACUGUUAUUAUAAGCCAUCAAUCUUGCAUCUUUCGGGCGAAGGCAGUGGUAAACUAAUGCUACAAAUAUCAUGGUUCCCAAUCGACACCAAACAACUGCCAGAAAAUGACUUGAUCACGAAUUCUGGUGACUUGACAAUCAUGUCUAAGAGCGCAGAAAACUUGAUAGCAUCUGACUUGAAUGGUUAUUCCGACCCAUACUUGAAGUAUUAUAUCAAUAAUGAGGAAGAUUGCGUUUACAAAACCAAGAUUGUGAAAAAGACGUUAAAUCCCAAGUGGAACGAUGAAGGGACCAUUCAAAUCAACAAUCGUCUAAAUGACGUGCUAAGAAUCAAAGUCAUGGACUGGGAUUCCGCAAGUGCGGACGAUACCAUCGGUACGGCAGAGAUCCCAUUGAGAAAGGUCAAGGCUGAAGGUACCACCGAGCUAGACGUUCCAGUGGAAGGGUUAGAAAAUGCUGGUAAGGACGGCGGUAUGCUGCAUUUGGCAUUCAGCUUCAAACCAAGGUACGCCAUAAGCGUGAGUAAGAGAGAAAAGAAAGUUGGGGAUAUAGCAUCUAAGGGGCUGGGUACUGGUUUGAGGGCUGGUACGUCAGUGAUAGGCGGCGGUGUUGGCGCCAUUGGUAAGAUCAAGAAAGGCGUGUUUGGUGGAUUGGGGAGCCUCACAAACCAUAAGAAGAAUCACGAAACACAAAUGGGUGAAGAAGAAACCAAGUUUUAG